AUGACCAUCACCAGCUACAGCAUGUACUUAUUGAUAUUCCAUACGCCCGUUCAAAUGAAAGAAAUGAAGUGGUAUCUGAUGAAUCUGGCAUGUUGGUGAGCUGAACAGUGAAAGGAAGGUGUUGAAGAGAAAGAUGUUCAGGACGAGAGCCUUGGAUCUGAUGUACUCGCUCUUCGUAGUCCCCUACUUCUUCAUCCCAACAAUAGUGGUCCUUCCGGUCGGACUGUUCAGUAUGAUCGGUCUUUGGGUUCAAGUGCAGCUUAUAAUGCUUGUCGUCAUUCUUGUUGGUUAGUUGCACAUUAGCGAACGAAUCGAAAGAACGAACACAUUCAGGUCUUGGCUCAGCCGUCAUUAUGAUCUUUGAGAACCGCUUCAACGCUAUCGCUCCCCCGUGCUUCCGCUUCAAAAUCGGAAAUCGGAAACUGUAUCAUUCUUGCAUGUUCGUCAUCAGCUUUACCCUUUUAAUAUCGUCUUUUCUCAAGUUGGAAGAUCAGACAACUGCCAAAAUAGGCUAUCUGAAAGUGAGUACGUCUCUUUGAGGUCCUCCCAAUCCAAUUCAUUUCAGUUUUUCACUUGUCCAAUUCCUGAGUAUCACACGUCUGCAUUCUCUUUCAAACCCGUUUCCGUGCCUCUUCUGAUCACUACAGUACUCCUCUUUUCCCUUUUGAUUCUUGCGCAAGUGGUUUUCUUCGGAUGCUCCAGUUUCUAUUUCCUUUACACAAUGAAGAAAGGAACGAUGUCACAGGCGACGAGGAAACUUCAGAGGAAGUUCUUCCUCACCGCAUGGCUUCAGGUAGAAACAUCCACUUUUUCUUAUCCAUUUCAUUAUUUCUCGGUUCAGCUUCUGACCCAUCUGUCAGUAAUCGUCAUUCCAAUGGGAUACACUUUCUUCUCGUUCAUGCUCUCUUACAGAAAUCAAAGUAAACCGGCAAACCGUCCAUCAAUCCAUCCAUCCAAUUUCUGUGUUUUCAGUCCUCGUCAAUCUGUCCACAAUAAUAAUAACUCUGCACGGAACCAUCACUUCCAUCUCCACAGUCGCCAUCAAUCGGCCGUUCCGCAACCGAGUCAAGCAGUGGUUUAUCCCGAAAAAGUUCAGAAAUCGAAGAAGUAGCACAAAGAUGAACCUGCUAACCGUGUCUUCUAGUUGGAUAUAAAGUUGUUACUGUAUCAAUAAAAUAUUCGUAUUUCCAAUGUCAUAAACUUAAUCGAAUCAGACGCACUCCCCGUUUGUCCUCCGCCCUCUUUCCCAUACGGAGAAAUGCGGGCUCUACUCCCAAUCAUCCUUCUCUUCGCGUCUUCUAUUGUCCAUUCUCAGUAUGACCACUAUGACUACCUCGACGUGUCCUCGUACCUCUACGAUAGUCCUCGAGAUCUGAUCGAUGGAUCUUCUCCGACGACUCCGGAUGAUAUGCAGACAUUAUUCAGAGACAAUCUGGUGGGCAUGUUGGAUGGCAGAAAGCGUUCUUCUUACGAUGAUCUGGUGUCUUACUUCCAUCCUGACGUCAAGAUAUACAGUUGCUUCGCCGCGGGAAUCGACCGCAACCUGACUGAGGGACAGUUCCACCAUUUGAUCGCCUACAUGGCCGGUUAUUAUCAGCACUUCCAUGUUAGUUUCUUAUUUUUCAAAGGAACUCUUGCUUCAAGUCGUUUUAGGACAUCCGAUCGCAAAUAACGCUAAAAACUGAUGGAUUCCUGUCGGGACUGUUACGGUACAACGCUUCCACUGCCGAUGGCAAGUACAAUCUCGGAAAGUGGACAUAUAAGGCGUCAUUUGAUAAACACAAGCAGAAGUACAACAUUUAUGAGAUAGUCUUCCAAAAGGGCUGCUUCGGAGUUCCUCUCCGCGAGCCGACGGAGCCAAUUGAGGAAGUGGAUGCAUUCAUUGAACGAGUGAGGAGAAAGUGAGAAGACGGGAAUGGGAAAUGAGGAAAAGGAAGAGUUCAGACUGGAAACCGAUCUGUUUUUGCCAGACGGGAGGGAGCAGACACUUCAGGACUUUGAGGAAUUCGGGGAUCUGUUCACAGACGACGCCAUCACAGUGGUUUGCGACGAGCCAAUGAUGAACAUCAGUGAGACCAGUGCCUCGGAAUCUGACACUCUAAUACCGUUUAGGGGAAUUCAUACAGUACCUCGCUACUAGAUAUCAUCAUAUUCGGAAAUAUAAAGUAGGUUGCAUUCGCGAUGUUCCUAUCUGAAACCUCCUUUUCAUCAGGAUCAUGAGUACAGCCACGUGAAAUUCGAUCAGCAUUUCGAGAUAACCUUCUCGGUGACAUGGACGGCCGCGAACACAUCUGAAUUCCGAGAUACGUACGUAUUCCGAGUGAAGAAGGUGAGCUUCCUGCCUUCAGACAAUUUCUCCAUCGUGAAAUUCUGAAUUCGGGUGGCUUACAGGCAAGAGACUUCUUCGCCGAAUUGAACGAUUCGUUUUGGAAAUGGAUGGUGUAUUGGGUGACAAAGAAGUGCACAAUUGACGUGACUCAAUAUCUUACCAUCGUCACUGGGUCUAAUCACAUGAUGGAAGUGAACAAGAGGUUCUGUGGAAUGAUUAACGGAGAAAACUGGGAUGUUUAUCAGUCAUUCCUUGAUCUUUUCGACCCGAAUGCCACUUCUUGGAGGACUUGUAUCUCUCCGAAAAAGAGGAAUUACAGUCUGUUGUUCAUCAUGCAGACCGUGGUAAACCGUUUUGAUAUUCAGGUGAAAUCAAGGAGCACAUGGAGUCCGUAACGGCCCAAUACGCAAAAUGCUACGUGCAGGAAGUCAAAAUUCGCAAUAUGACCAACUACGAUUUCUUGAUAAAGUUUGUGUUGAGCAGAGUGAAAGACGUUCAAGGGCAGGAAGAUAUGGAUGUCGGAUUCGCGGGAUAUAUGGCAAGUGGGGACUGAAUGGACAGCAUUGAUUCGGGAAAGUUCAGGAUCCAAAGUUCCACAACAUUCGGCUGACCAAAAUGACUUUCGAGUGUGAGGACUUCGAAGAGAAAUGA